ACGAUAGGUAGCUGAAACGAUUUCAUUGAGGAUUCCUUGCUGAAACAGCUGUAAUUUUGGCAUGCAGUUGGACCUUGAAGUCAGAUGUUGAUCGUGACUUAUUAUGGGUGAUAAUCAAGACUUACAACUCGCGAAAAUCGACCAUGUUGAGCUUCUCUCGUCGCAGUCUGGCUUGUUGUACUUGUCCAAGGAGUUUACUGAUGUGACUUUCGUUGUUGACAAAGAGAAAUUCAAGGCACAUCGAGUGAUACUGGCGGCUAGAAGCGAUUAUUUCAGAGCUUUAUUGUUUGGAGGAAUGAGGGAAACAAAUCCUGCCAAUGAAAUAGAGAUCAGUGACUGUUCUUCGAGCGCUUUCAAUGUUCUGCUUACAUACAUUUACACUGGAAAGAUGUCACUCGGAGAGUUGAGUUUGGAAGUUGUGCUGGAGCUCAUUAGUUUAGCUCAUAAGUACGGAUUUCUCGCACUGGAGAGUGCAAUUCAAGGGUACUUAAAAGCGGUACUUGACGUAAAAAACGUUUGCCAAAUUUUUGAUUUAUCUUCAUUCUUCCAACUUAAAGAUUUAUACGAUUCUUGUUUGGAAUAUCUUGAUCAGAAUGCAGUCGAGGUUCUUUCGACAGACUCGUUUCCUGUCUUAUCUAAGAAUUCUUUAAUUGAAAUUAUAAAAAGAGACUCAUUUUGUGCUCCAGAAGUUCAGAUUUUCUGUGCAGUAACAGACUGGAUUGAAGCAAAYGAUGAAGCAGCAGAGAACGACAUCAAAGACGUUCUCGACAAAGUUCGGCUUACUCUCAUCAGCUUGCACGAGCUGUUUCACACUGUAAGACCGACAAACCUUUUCAGUGCUGAUGCUAUUUUAGAUGCAAUAAAAGUCAAAACAGAGAGUCGUGUAAGUGAAAUGAACUUUCGUGGUCAUUUAGUACGAAAUGAGAACAUAGCGAUCACAUCAUGUGGCUCUGAAGUUAUUGAAGGUGAAAAAAGAGACAGUAUCCUAGAUACAGACAAUGUCAACUAUGAUGUAGACCGUGGUUUCUCUCGACAUCUAAUAGCAGAUGGUGACAAGGGUAUAUGUAUUUCAUUGGGCAGACCUAGUAUUAUCAAUACUAUAAGAAUGCUUCUAUGGGAUAAAGACAUGCGCUCAUACUCCUAUUUUAUUGAGGUGUCUAUGGAUAGUCAGGACUGGGUCAAGGUCAUUGACUACUCCAAAUAUCUCUGUCGAUCAUGGCAGACACUGCAUUUUCAACCAAGAGUUGUAAGAUAUAUCAGGAUCAAAGGAACAUACUGCAGUGUCAACAAGGUGUUUCAUUUAGUCCACUUUGAAUGUUUGUACUCAACCAAGCCUUUCACAGUCACUGACGACGGCAUUGUUGUUCCUCCAUCCAACAUGGCAAUCCCAGAAGCCAGUGCUAGUGUUAUUGAAGGUGUCAGCCGUAGCUGGAAUGCCUUGCUCAAUGGUGAGACAAAAUGUUAUGACUGGAAUUCUGGCUAUACCUGUCAUCAGAUUGGAAGUGGUUCCAUUGUAGUACAACUUGCUCAGCCAUUCUGUGUCAGCACUAUGAGGUUGUUGCUAUGGGACUGUGACGAUCGCUCCUAUCGAUACUAUAUUGAAACUUCUACUGAUCGUCAAAAUUGGACACGAAUUGUUGACAAAACAAAAGAAAACUGCAGGUAUUUCACUGCGUCCAUUUCGAGUGCCCAGCCAAUGACGAAGAGCCACAGGCAACAAACUACACUCAGGAUUUAGAGUCCAAAUCACUGAGGGAUGACGUACCAGCUUGAUAUGUUUUGUGCUUUAGCACUGUUCUGCCAAUACCUUCAUGGUGAGRCAACCUCUGCCUCGACUUAUAAUUGUGUAUAUUGUACAUUGAUAUAAUUAAAAUCCUAAAGCGACUCUA